UUUAAAUUAUGAGCUUCGUUUUGUAGCCAGCCAUUUUCCAUUAAGAGAAAUAAAUAAUUUUGAAGCCUAAAUCCCAAUCUGCGUACGUAGUGAAGCAGUGUAGCCAUGGCCAUUGCAGCCGUGAAGUCACUGCUGUACUCUGCACGUGUGGAUUCUCAUCCUCAGCUCUCUCGUCCUCUUCCUCAGCCAUUGGUAUUCUUCAAUUGGGAAAACAAAAAUUCGUUCUUGAAGCUCAGCGAACAGUCCCGCCGAACCUACCACCUAACGAAGAAGAUGGUCGCCAAGGCUUCAUCGACUCAAAACAACGACCCUGAAGAUGGAGUCUCUUUGGGAACCAUGAAAUUGCCCACCGACACCGAUUUCCAGAGGUUUGAACUUCUGCUCUUUCAGUGGGCCAACAGUCUAUGCCAAGGAGCUAAUUUGCCACUUCCUGUACCUUUGAAGAUUGAUAAAAUUGCUGGUGGAGCUAGACUGGGGUUCAUUACAAUUGAGGAUGGUGGUAAAACAGAGGUACUUGUGUACAUUGAUUGUCUGGUAUUUCCAGCUACUGAGAGUUCAGGACCACUGUUUAGAGCCAUAAGAAAUGGACCCAAGAAAGAUCAAGCUCCACCUGGGGAGCCAAGAAUAAUGAGAAGUCUUCUUCAGGCACUUCAAAAAUCUGUUGAAAUAGCUAGACUUUGAACUUUACAUUUACAAUCACUUUUCUUCUCUUUCAUCUACUACUACUACUACAUCAACACUUCUAAGUCUUGUAAUUUUUUUUUCUUUUUCACUGUUGAACAAUUGUAUCCUAUUUUUUUAUAUAUAUAUAUAUAUAUAUGGGUUAUUCUAUA